AUCUCGACCACUUCUCACGAGCCCCGCCCAUCUUCAAAGCCUGUGGAGGCACCUCUGUACGAUCUAGCAAGUACUGGCAGAGAACCGUAGCCGAAUCAAUAUCAUUCACCGUGCUCGGUCUCGUAACAUGAUUCACUUCUGCGUUGGACCUUGAAAGCUCGACGAGUUGUCGACCUUCACUUCACCGUCUUCCAUUUGGGGCCUUGGGCAACAAUUUUUGCAACUUGAUGCUUACCACUGUUCCUUUCCGUUGCUUACGGGGAUUCUCAUAAUCAGCGAACCCAUUUCCCUCUCACUCUAGCAUGGCCCCCCACCCGAAUCCGCAGUACUAUCCCCUCGAGAUCAAUCCCCUCACGAACGAACCGUUCCUGCGCCUGCAGAAACAUCCCAACCUCAUCCUCACCCCGACUCGAGCUGAAGAUAAACCACGCUGUAUCGAGCUUCUGAGCGACGAGAGGAUCUACAGUUGGUUCUACAGUCUACCGAACCCCUACCUCCCAGAACAUGCUGACUGGUGGUACGACUAUUCCAAGUCAAUCGCAGACAAGAUCUUUGCGCAGCUCGACGCAGCCAAGGACGAUCCUGUGCUCAAGAUCGUCGACGGAUGCCCCGUUCGAUGUAUCCGCGAGGUCAGGGACGAUGGCACGGACUUUUUCCUGGGGGAUAUCGGCUUCAUGUUGGCGCAGCACCCAUUCGAGCUGGAGCCUCUGGGCCGCGCGAAAGAAGACACUCCGAGGAGAGAUCCCGAACGUCCUGAUAUCUGGAGUUGUGGAGAUUAUCUUGCACCUAGCCACCACGGCCAGGGUAUCAUGUCCGACGCGUUUGGCACGCUCUUGCGGCAAUGGGGGAUCCCGAGAAUGGGGGUGAGGCAGAUGGUUGUCUCUACUCAUAAGGGCAAUCAAGGAAGCGUCAGGGUGUUCGAGAAGAACGGAUUCAAGCUCAGAGACACUUAUCCUGACGCCAUGGUUGUUCGGGGCACCCCGACGAGCGUCCAUGUUCUGGACUGGUCUUUGGAGACCGAGUGAUGUCGAGGUGGUCUGGUUAUGCUGUAAAUUACUUGUAGCGGGAAAAUAAAUCGAGCCUGGAUUCGUCUCGCUUCAGACGGACAGAUCAGCCGAGAUGUACUCACAGGUCGUGAGAAGAUCUGACCGUUCUCACUGGUCGCAAGUAUGGCGGCACGCCGACUCCAGACCGAGAUCGACCUGGCCAUCAAGAAGGUGGCUGAGCUCGUCGAGUCGUUCGACAACACCUACGACAAGCUGCAGGCAAGCAAUAACGCCGCCCAGAAAGAGAAGCUCGAGGGCUCGCUGAAGAAUCAAAUCAAGAAGCUACAGAGGCUGCGCGACCAGAUUCGCACAUGGGCAGCAAGUAAUGAAAUCAAGGACAAAGACCGCCUGCUGGAACAGCGCAGGCUUAUCGAAGCUCAAAUGGAGAAGUUCAAGGCGUGCGAGAAGGAGGUCAAGAAGAAGGCAUUCUCGAACCUUGCGCUAGGAGAGGCCGUCAAGCUCGAUCCAAAGGAGCAGGAAACCAUGGAAAUGGUCGAAUGGCUCGAUUCGCAGCUCGAAAAGCUCCAGAUGCAGAUUGAACAAACGGAGGCAGAGAUCGAGUCGGUGAACUCCUCCACGAAGAAGAAAGCCAAGGCCGGGUCGACGACAGCCGAGCGCGUCGAGAAACUGGAAGGGUUCAACGCGCGCCGAAAGCUUCAUAUCGGGCGCCUCGAGAUUGUCUUGCGCAUGCUCAACAACGGGACUUUGGAACCGGAGAAGGUGAAAGCGCUCCAGGACGACGUUUCCUACUUUGUUGAGAGCAAUGCGGAGGAGGACUUCACCGAGAACGAUGAGUUGUAUGACGACCUAAACCUCGACGAGGAAGAGGAGAAGUAUCGUGGCAGUUACGAGGAUGCUAACAGCGACGACGAGUCAGAAGCUCCGGUUGAAGACGUUCCACCAUCACGGACCAAGAAGAAUAGCGAAGAUUCAUCAAAACGAGCUGAUAGUCCGAUUCUCAAGAAAGCCAACGCAACACCAGCAAGAACGAAACCCACACCGAAUUUCACCGUGCAACCGAUGUCGAGCUUGCUCAAACCGUCAGCCCCUCGGCCACCGGUCCAGUUGCCACCUAUACGAUAUUCGGCUGCGGUACAACAGCAACCACAAGCAUCAUCAGCACCAUCAGCACCACCAGCUACGGCUGCGGCCGCAUCCGCACCAACACCAACGGCAGCAUCGGUGCCAGCAUCAGCACCAGCACCAGCACCAGCAAAAUCGAAGUCAGGUCCGCCACCGGCAACACCCUCUGCGUGGUCAUCGAUACCAGAUACGCCGUCGUCACCAAGUAUGACGCAUCCAUCUGUGGCCAGUCCCAUGUCGUCUUACGCCUCGGUGUCGCACGGGCCGGAAAGCUCUUUCUACGAGUCGCCGGCGUUGUCGGAGGCUGUGCCAAGUGUCCCUUCCAUCGCAUCACCGACACGCGUCCUUGAACCUCUCCCUGCGCCGUCUCCAGAAGGUGUGCUCGAAGAAAAGCCCCUGGUUGAGAGUCCUGAGGAACGACCUGUCGACAUCACUCCUGCUCCUCGGAUCCCACCACCAGAAGAAAGAGAGCCAAUAGCAGCUGCACCACCGCCACAGGCCAUCGGUUCUCAGAGGCCAUCGGCGCCUGCGGCUGUCAAUCCCGGGUCCUUCCCUGUUGGACUCGCCGAUCUUGUCAUGCCAUUUGAACGAGCUAAGCAACGGGCAACGCAACGAUUGGGCGAUUUGGAUCAACUGAACAAGUAUCUGGCAAGCGGGGUGACGAGCAUCCCUCAGCCUCAAGACACGCGCAAGACGAAGGCUUAUGCACCGCGCAAUCCAUAUCCGACGGCCAGAUAUUACCCGCAGACACAGCUGCCUCUGCUGGAGGAUCCGUCAUUGUAUUCGCGAAUCGACGUCGAAACGUUGUUCUACAUCUUCUACUUCUUGCCUGUGUCUUAUCCGCAAUAUCUUGCGGCAGAAGAGCUGAAACGCCAGUCGUGGAGGUUCCACGUCAAGUACCUGACUUGGUUCCAGCGACAUUCUGAACCUCAGGCCAUCACCGAGGAGUAUGAGCAGGGAGUGUAUGUUUACUUCGAUUGGGAGGGGUCAUGGUGUCAAAGGAAGAAGAGCGAUUUCCGCUUUGAAUAUCGCUAUUUGGCAGAGGAAUAG